AUGCCAGGCCUCAUCGACUACCCUCCCUUCCCGAACGACGUGUCUACUCACCCUCUGCUCGUCGUUGACUAUCAGUUGCUGAAGGCUGGCGACAAGAAUGAGAUCGACACGCUCUGGAAAGCUGCAACCGAGCUGGGAUUCUGGUACUUGAAGAACCAUGAGGUCGACACUGAGGUGCAAGGAAUGUUCGACAUGGGCGCAGAGACCAUGGCGCUUCCGCUAGCGGAGAAGAUGAAGUUCGAACAGGGUGACGACGGCAUGUCCUUCGGCUACAAGGCUGCUGGCGCCAACGCGACCGAUGAAAAGGGCAACCUGGACACAGUGGAAUUCAUCAAUGUCGCGAAGGACGAUGUGCUUAGCUACCCGAGUAUUGUACAUCGUGCGUACCCGCCCACGGUCAACGCGCGGAUGGAGAGCACCAUCAGGCCGUUCAUUCAAAAGUCGCUUGAGGUCAACAGCACGCUCCUCGACAUCUUCAACGACAGGCUUGGGCUUCCCAAGGGCACUCUGGCCAGGAAGCACCAGCUGGAGGAGCCCAGCGGGAGCGAGUCAAGGUGCAUUAAAAACCCGCCCAAGCCCGCUGCCACUGAGCCCAAGACGGCUAUUGGCGCCCAUACAGACUUCGGCUCUCUGUCCUUCCUUCACAACCGCCUCGGAGGUUUGCAGGUCAUGGUUCCAGGCACGGAGUCCUGGCAAUAUGUGAAGCCCAUUCCCGGGCAUGCCAUAUGCAACCUUGGAGACGCGAUGAGUAUCUUCAGCGGAGGCAUUCUUCGUUCGAAUCUGCACCGCGUCGUUCCUCCUCCGGGAGCUCAGUCGCAGCAUGAACGCUGGUCGCUCGUAUUCUUCACUCGUCCGGGGUACUCUCAACUUCUGGAAGCGCUCACCGGGGAUAGCCCGAUGGUUGCUGAGGCAGCGGCAAAGGUUGCUGAUAAGAGCAUCUACUUCUCGGGACAGACGUCAAAGGAGUGGUUCUACCGCAGGAUCAAGAACCAGAGGACGAAGAACCAGAAGGGCCCCGAGACGUGGCGUGCCAGCCGUGGUACCGAGCAUCGCCCGGAGGCUGCUUGA